AUGCAGACUGAAAUCAAUUCUACGUCAAAAGCUAUAUCUGAUGGGAACCAUGAUAGUUAUGUUCUUCCGAUAGAAUCUGGAAAAGGCAUAGCAUUAACAAUGAAUUUUCCACAACAUCAUUCAUCUAUGUCAAAAAUGGCAAUAACGGAAGACAAUCCAAUCCAAGAUCAAAUUUCAAAUGAACAUUCACAUAGUAAUCAUAUUACAACUGAUCCUUAUGGUUGUCUCGAUUGUAUAUCAACAAUGUUUGGACCAAAUUAUGCACCAUUUGCUGCAUUCAUGCAUCAAUUUUCUGAAUUUGCACAAACCCAAAAGACGAUUGCUAUGAAACAAAAUGAUUUAAUUGAAAAUUUUCUUUCUUAUCAUCAACAACAAAAUUCAAAAAAGCCUACACUAAAUGAACAAGAACUUCAACAUGUUUUUACCUAUGGUACAUGGUCAAAUGGAAAAUUAGUUGGUAUUACUCUUAUAAUCUUAAGUAUUUAUUUGGCAACAAUUCGCGAUGUUACAGAUCCUGUUCUGGCAUUUAUUCGUGCUUAUAGUCGAAUUUAUGGAGAUGAAUUUCAAUACUUUAAAAUAAUUCUUGUUUUAAUUGCUGUUGGUGUUUUAUAUAUCAUAGCCGUAAUAGCUUAUUUUGCUGGUUUAAUUGGUCAUUCAACAAUAGUAACAAUGAUUGCAUUAAUAUUUAAUUUACUUGGAUUAUUGAGUUCAAUAAUUCUUGUGUGUAUAGUUUUAUUUAUGGGUGAUAGAAUGAAACCGAAUUUCUCACUUCUACUUGCACUAAAUGUAGAAAAUUUUGAAAGUGAUACUUCAACUAAUUCACUUUCAUAUUCAUGGACAUUAAUGCAUAAAAAAUACCAUUGUUGUGUUGAUGGUGUUUUACAAACUGGUCUAACUGUAGCACAGAAGAGUUCAAUUUUCGCAUCACUUCAUCCUGGUUGGUUAAUACCAGCAUCGUGUUGUUUUAAGGGUAUAAAAGAUUAA